CUCACUCCUUCAUUGCACCAAAUCGCAUUACUCUCACUUUCACAUUGUCUUUCUCUUCUUCCUCUUCGUCUUACGAUGAAAGUUGUUUCGGAUGGCAUUGUUGUCGUGUUUGCCUUCUGCAUUGUACUUGGUUGUGGUUCGUUGGUAGUGGGGGAGGUUGCAAAGGUUAAGGAUGACAAGCAUUUGAUUCAUCCCCCUCAUCUGUUGGGGCCUGGGAUUAUCAAGAGAGGGUUUAAGCGCGGUGGACUUGGUUUUGGUGGUGGUUUGGGAGGAGGAGGUGGCGUAGGUGGUGGCUUUGGAGGUGGUGCCGGGGGAGGAGGUGGUCUUGGUGGUGGUGGAGGUCUUGGAGGAGGUGCAGGUGGCGGACUUGGCGGGGGUGCUGGAUUUGGUGGAGGUGCUGGUGGAGGCCUUGGAGGUGGAGGUGGGCUUGGUGGUGGUGGUGGUCUAGGAGGUGGAGGUGGGCUUGGUCACGGAGUCGGUGUCGGUGGUGGUGGCGGACUUGGUCAUGGUGUGGGUGGAGGCAUUGGAGGAGGAGCAGGUGGUGGUGGUGGCUUAGGAGGUGGAGGUGGAGGUGGGCUUGGUGGUGGUGGUGGAGUUGGUCACGGUAUUGGUGGUGGCGUUGGAGGAGGAGCAGGUGGUGGUGGUGGUUNGAUACGGUGGCGGAUCCGGCGGCGGAUUCGGGGUCGACGCCAGUAGCGGUCCCGGAUAUGGCAGCAGUUCCAGAUUUGGCAGGGGUUUCGGAUUUGGCAAAGGUGAAGACCUUGGUAGUGGCUUUAAUG